AUGUCCCCGCCCGCCAUUUUGAAUCGUGAGAGGGAAGGACUUGGUCUGAGGAGGGAACCCAGGUGGGCUGAGGGCGGGGGCACAGACCCACCGGGGGUCAACGGGAUGCCAGGAGGGAGGGCCGAGGGCGUCCCCGGAGCCCACCUCAGGCCCUGCCUUCCACCGUCCUGGGUACUCCUGGGCCUAGUGACCUGUUGGGACGGCCGCAGACGUCACCCAGGAGUGUCUCAAGGCAGGGAGGGUCUUGGUCUGAGGGGACAGGCCCCCAUCAACAUUCACAGGAUCACAGGCCGUGCCCGCAUUGUGGUGAGGACCCUGAGGGAGGAGGGGAAGCGGCCCCAGAAGAGCCGCCCCUGCCUAGAUGCUUUCAAAGACAUUUCCACAUACUUCUCCAAGAAAGAAUGGACAGAGAUGGGAGACUGGGAGAAAACCCGAUACAGGAAUGUGAAAAGGAACUAUGAAGCCCUGGUCGCUAUAGGGAACACGACAUGUCUCAGAUCUCCUCGACCAGCUGUCAUGCGUCGUCGCAGGCAGGCCACCAAGCCCCAGGUGGAUGACACUGAGGAUUCUGAUGAAGAAUGGACGCCCAGUCAGCAAGGCAAACCUUCUUGGGUGGCCUUCAGAGUGAAACGGAGUAAACACCAGAAGACUUCAAAUAAGGAGGCAAGUCACCUCAUUUUCCAGAUGUAUUUGAUACCCUCUGUACAUUUCUACAUUUCCUCUUCCAAGCAGGCCCAGAAGCCAGUUUCCCCUCCUGGAAAAGCAAGUACCUCUGGACAUUACUCUAGACAAAAAAUGGAACUUGGGGGAGAGGAGACUGAAGGAAAGACGUAUAACCUACGAGAAAGAAAGGGCUGUGUGUACCAAGAGGUCAGCGAGCCCCAGGAUGACGACUACCUCUAUUGUGAGAAGUGUCAGAACGUCUUCAUUGACAGUUGUGCUGCUCAUGGGCCCGCUGUGUUUAUAAAGGACACUGCAGUGGACAAGGGACAUCCCAACCGCUCAGCCCUCACUCUGCCCCCUGGGCUGAAAAUCAGACCAUCAAGCAUCCCUGAUUCUGGGCUUGGAGUGUGGAAUGAAACAUCUUAUCUGCCGUUGGAUCUGCACUUUGGCCCCUAUGAGGGCCACAUCACAGGAGAUGAAGAGGCAGCCAACAGCGGAUAUUCCUGGCAGAUCACCACAGGGAGAAACUCCUAUUUUUACGUGGAUGGAAAGGACAAAUCUUGCGCCAAUUGGAUGAGGUACGUAAACUGCGCCAGGGACGACGAGGAGCAGAACCUGGUGGCCUUUCAGUAUCACAGUCAGAUCUUCUACAGAACGUGCCAGGUCGUCAGGCCGGGCUGUGAACUGCUGGUCUGGUAUGGAGAUGAGUAUGGCGAGGAGCUGGGCAUCAAGCAGGAAAGCAAGUGGAAGGGAGAGCUCACAGCAGAGAGAGAACCAAAGCCAGAGAUCCAUCCAUGUGCGUCCUGCUCUCUGGCCUUCUCCAGUCAGAAAUCCCUCAGCCAGCAUGUGGAGUGCAAUCACCCCUCUCAGGUCCCCCCACAAACACCUCCAGGAAAACAUCUCCAACCAGAGGAUCCCUGUCCAGGCCAACACAGCUGGAGUGACAAAGCUGAAGGUCAAGAGGUCAAAGAAAGGUCCAAAACUUUGCUUCAAAGUUUAAGGCAGAAGAGGAUUUCGGGGACCUUUUCCAACCCACUCAAAGGACAAAUGGGGGGCUCCAGGACACAUAAAAGAAUGAUGGAGGCCAGCACAGGCCAGAAAGUGAAUCCAGAAGACACAGACAAAUCAUUUGUGGGGGAAGGUAUGUCAACUGGAAGAGUCAAGAACAGAGGGUGGGGUCAAGGCUGCACUGAUAGGUCAAAUCUCAUCCCACACCAGAGGACACACACCGGGGAGAAGCCCUAUGUUUGCAGGGAGUGUGGACAGGGCUUCAUGCAGACAGCACACCUCAUCCGACACGAGAGGAUACACACAGGGGAGAAGCCCUAUGUUUGUGGGGAGUGUGGGCGGGGCUUCACGCAGAGAUCACACCUCAUCCCACACCAGAGGACACACACCGGGGAGAAGCCCUAUGUUUGCAGGGAGUGUGGACGGGGCUUCACGCAGAGUGCACACCUCAUCCGACACGAGAGGACACACACCGGGGAGAAGCCCUAUGUUUGCAGGCAGUGUGGGUGGGGCUUUAUACGGAAGUCAUCUCUCAUCUCACACCAGAGGACACACACCGGAGAAAAGCCCUAUGUUUGCAGGCAGUGUGGGCGGGGCUUCACGCAGAAAGCACACCUCAUCCGACAUGAGAGGAUACACACUGGGGAGAAGCCCUGUGUUUGCAGGGAGUGUGGGCGGGGCUUCACGGAGAGGUCAGGCCUCGUCCAACAUGAGAGGAUACACACCAGGGAGAAGCCCUAUGUUUGUAGGGAGUGUGGACAGGGCUUCACGCAGAGUGCACACCUCAUCCGACACGAGAGAAUACACACCGGGGAGAAGCCCUAUGUUUGCAGGCAGUGUGGGCGGGGCUUUACACAGAAGUCAUCUCUCAUCCCACACCAGAGGACACACACCGGGGAAAAGCCCUAUGUUUGCAGGGAGUGUGGUCGGGGCUUCACGCCGAAGGCACACCUCACCCGACACGGGAGGACACACACGGGGUAGAAGCCCCGUGUUUCAGUUAUGGUGGAGUUGGUAGAUUUGGACUCCGGGUUUUGGCAGAAACCUUCAGAGUCCAUAUCAGUCUGGCUCCUGUGCCUUUGGGUUGUAGGAGUGGAUGGGAUCAUUCUGUCUGGAUCAGAGAUGGGAAAUUUGAAUUCCCUGACAAUUCAUUCUGCCCUGCAGCAGUAA